AUGACGAAGCCGCCUAUCCGAGUGGUUGCGCAACCGCCGCCGUCUCGAUUCUCUUCACAGUCACAACACUACACGACGUCUUCUCCGAGUUCCACGGCUCUGAACCCAUCACAAUGUGGCCUUUCAUCAGUCGGUUCCAUCAAAACAUCAUCCUAUACAGUUCCUACAAUUAGCGUCCCUCCGAUGGCCAACAGAAGUUACAACGAUAUGGUCGACUAUGCGGAACAACAGCGGCGGUUGAUCGAAGCGAAUCGCCGUGAAGUUGAGCGACGACAAACGAUGCGCGCGCAAGGUGGUGUUGACGCUUCGCAGAAACUGAAUCUGAUUCGGAAGAGAUCUUGCCGAAGAAGAAGGGGAACUAAGAAGGUUUGCAAGGAUGCUCUUAUAACGUGGGUUGUACUAGCGCUGAAAUAUUUUUCUAGGUUAUCCGAGCUGGAACAUGAAACGCGCAAUUUGACGAGAAGAAAUGGUGAAAAGGAGAUCCAAUUGAAUCAGCUAAGCGCUGAAUUACGAGAGCAGCAGAGUGUGCUUCGUGCGGCGGCUAGUCGAGUAGAGGCCCUACAGUGGCAGAUUGAUGAAAUAUAUCGACGAAGGAAGGCUGCAGCUGCAGCGGCACUCUCCGAACAGCGAAAAAUGCAACAACAGGUUGCUCCACGAGUACCUGAUCCGGGCCGUACGGUGGCGGUUAACGAGCGACCUCGCGCCUCGGUAGAGCCAUUCCAAGCCAGCCUUGUCACUACGCAUGAUACGGAACCGGAUCUGAAAGAGGAAAAAUGCGCUGUGGGUGACGUCUCACUGGACGGUGACUAUGGAUUCGUUGUGUAG